AUGUACAAAGAUUAUUCAAGUUUUACAAGCAGUGACAACCCCCUGUCCCUGAUGUUGGACCAUUGGAAGGAAGUUAGACAUAGGGCACAUGAUUUGUCAGUUCAAGUAAAGAAAGGACCUUGGCAGACGUUCUGCUGCUCCAAGUGGCCAACAUUUGGAGUCGGCUGGCCGCCUGAGGGAACUUUUGACGCAACCAUGAUCUCUUCUGUUAAAAGUCUUGUUUUUCAGCCUGGACCAAGGUCUCAUCCCGAUCAGCAGCUGUACAUAGUCAUGUGGCAGGACUUGGUCCAAAACCCUCCACCAUGGGUCAAACCAUGGGUGACCCAGAGGCCUGACUCCCAAGUUCUGGCUCUCAAAGAAUCAGAUUGCAAACUGAAACCCGAGAGCCUGCGUCCUCUACCUUCCUCUCCUCCUAAAAUCUAUCCUGAGAUUGAGGAGCCUCCUGAGUGGCUUGAGCCACCACCACCUACCCCUCCUUAUGGUUUGCCCCUUGCCCCAGAUUCUGAAGAUGGAGUGGCUGAAGAUGGGCCGGUGGCAGGAACUCAGAGUCACCAUGUCCAGAGCCCUACACAGGGACCAGAGGAGCCUGACUCCACUAUGGCUUUACCCCUCAGAGUAUAUGCCCCGGUGGACCCUCCCCAGCUCCAGCCUCUCCAAUAUUGGCCUUUCUCCUCUGCAGAUCUUUACAACUGGAAAAAUAACCAUCCUUCUUUUUCUGAAAAUCCGGCAGGGUUAACUGGCCUGAUGGAGUCAUUAAUAUUUUCCCACCAGCCCACCUGGGAUGAUCGCCAACAGCUUUUACAGGUCCUUUUCACCACUGAGGAAAGGGAAAUGAUCCUUCUAGAAGCCCGCAAAAAUGUGCCUGGAGUGAACGGGUCCCCGACUAACCUCCCUAAUGAGGUUGAUGCUGGAUUCCCCUUGGACCGCCCCAACUGGGAUUACAACACCGAGCAAGAUAAGGGGAGGCUGGCCAUCUAUUGCAGGACUCUCAUGGCAGGUCUCAAAGGGGCCGCUAGAUGACCCACCAAUUUGGCCAAGGUAAGAGAAGUUUUGCAAGGACCAACAGAACCCCCUUCUGUGUUUUUAGAACGAUUGAUGGAGGCCUAUAGAUGCUACACCCCUUUUGACCCUACCUCUGAGGGUCAGCAGCAGGCGGUGGCUAUGGCCUUCAUGGGGCAUCUGCAGAAUAUGUCCUUACAGGACAUAGUUAGAGAGGCUGAGACAGUAUUUCACAAGAGAGAGACAGAGAAAGAAAGGAGAGAGAGAGAAAAGUGAGAAGCAGAGGAACAGAGAGAGAGGGAAAGAAGAGAAACUGAAGAAAGGGAGAAUAGGUGGGAGGGCAGGCAAGACAAGAAUUUAGCAAGAAUCCUGGCCACAGUAGUAGGGGACAGAAAAGAGGUGAGUGUGAGACCUAGGCAGACAGGGUACCUGGGCAACCAGAAGAUGAGAACUAGCAAUGGGGGACAAAGGUACCAUCUAGAAAAAGAUCAAUGUGCCUGCUGUAAGAAGAAAGGCCACUGGGCGAGAGAAUGUCCUGAGAGGAAAGGGAGAAUUCCGAAGGUGCUGGCAUUAGAAGAAGAUGACUAGAGGGGACGGGGCUCGGACCCCCUCCCUGAGCCUAGGGUAACCCUAAAAGUGGAGGGGACCCCCAUGGAUUUCCUGACAGAUACCGGAGCUGAGUAUUCUGUACUCCGAUAACCAUUAGGGAAACUAAACAGUAAAAAGACUGUAGUGAUUAGUGCCACAGGGCAGAAAAUAUACCCAUGGACCACCUCUCGAACCGUGGACUUAGGCCAGGGACAGGUGACUCACUCGUUUCUAGUCAUCCCUGAAUGCCCUGCACCUCUCUUGGGAAGAGACGUGUUGACUAAAUUAAAGGCUCAAAUUAGAUUCACUCAGGAAGGACCAAAAGUGGAGUGAGGGAAACCUUCCUCUAUGGUUUUGGCAUUUAAACUUGAAGAUGAAUAUCGGAUGCAUGAUGCCCCUGACCAGGUAGAAACUUCUCUUCUAGACAAGUGGCUGAAGAGGUUCCCAGAAGCCUGGGCAGAGACCGCUGGCAUGGGAAUGGCUAUACAAGCACCUCCGGUGGUGGUGGGACUGAAAACGGAUGCUACCCCUAUACGUGUCCGACAGUAUCCACUGAGCCAGGAAGCUAAAGAAGGAAUCAGUCCCCAUAUCCAAAGACUCUUGGACCAGGGAAUCCUGGCCCCUUGUCAGUCUCCAUGGAACACCCCUCUGCUACUUGUAAAGAAACCAGGCUCCAACUAUUACCACCCAGUACAAGACCUAAGAGAGGUCAACAAGCAGGUUCAAGAUAUACACCCAACUAUGCCUAACCCUUACAACCUCCUCAGUUCCCUGCCCCCAGGUCGCUCAUGGUACACAGUGCUGGACUUAAAAGAUGUUUUCUUUUGUUUAAAGUUACAUCCUACUAGUCAACCUCUGUUUGCCUUCGAAUGGAGAGAUCCAGAUUCAGGACUGGCAGGACAGUUGACCUGGACCCAGCUGCCUCAGGGAUUCAAAAAGUCCCCUUCUCUGUUUGAUGAGGCCCUCCAUCGAGAUCUGGCCACCUUUCGGGCCAAGAAUCCACAGGUGACACUGCUUCAGUAUGUGGAUGACCUGAUCUUGGUGGCAGACACCAAACAAGAAUGUACCAAGGGGACUGAGGGCCUACCAACAGAACUAGGUAAGCUGGAAUAUCGGGCCUCGGCAAAAAAAGCCCAGUUAUGCCAUACCGAGGUCACCUACCUAGGCUGUCUGCUUAAAGAUGGAAAAAAGUGGCUGAUGGAGGCUCGGAAAAAGACAGUAACCCGGAUCCCAACACCAACUACACCCCAGCAGGUGAGGGAGUUUCUGGGGACAGUCAGCUUUUGUAGAUUGUGGAUACCUGGAUUUGCUACCCUGGCUGCUCCCUUAUACCCCCUGACCAAAGAGAAGGGGGAGUUCAUAUGGACUCCGGAGCACCACCAGGUGUUUGAAAACAUCAAGAAGGCCCUCCUGCCAGCGGCUUUGGCCCUACCUGAUUUAACCAAACCUUUCACCCUAUAUAUAGAUGAAAGGGCAGGAAUGGUGAGGGGGGUCCUCACCCAGACUCUGGGACCGUGGAAAAGGCCUGUAGCAUACUUAUCUAAAAAGCUGGACCCCGUGGCCAGCGGUUGGCCCUCCUGCCUAAAAAACAUUGCUGCCAUAGCUCUACUUGUAAAAGAUGCUGAUAAGCUUACCUUGGGGCAAGAGACCACAAUUGUGGCCCCACAUGCCCUUGAAAGUGUCAGGCAGCCACCAGAUCGAUGGAUGACUAAUGCCCGCAUGACUCACUAUCAGAGUCUCCUGUUGACUGAACGAAUAGUUUUCGCUCCCCCCACUGUCCUCAACCCCGCUACCCUACUACCAGAGAUGGACGAUUCCACCCCAGCACACUGCUGCCUGGAAAUUCUGGCUGAAGAAACUGGAAUCCGAGAAGACCUGAAAGAUCCACCUUGGCCAAGGGUUCUGAACUGGUUCAGAGAUGGCAGCAGUUUCGUGGUCGAAGGUAAGCGAAGGGCAGGGGCAGCAGUAGUGGAUGGGAAGCAAGUGAUCUGGUCCAGCAGCCUGCCAGAGGGAACGUCAGCCCAAAAAGCUGAUCUCAUAGCUCUGAUCCAAGCAUUGAGAAUGGCAGAGGGGAAGUCCAUCAAUGUCUACACUGAUGCUUUUGCCACUGCACACGUUCAUGGCGCAAUUUACAGACAAAGGGGACUCUUGACCUCAGCAGGAAAAGAAAUUAAAAACAAGGAAGAGAUUUUGAGCCUCCCAGAAGCUUUGCAUUUGCCAAAAAAGCUCGCCAUUGUACAUUGCCCUGGGCAUCAGAGAGGCAAGGAUGCGGUUACAUUGGGAAAUCAAAUGGCUGACCAAAUUGCAAAGCAGGCCACCCAGGGAGCUGCAGUACUGUCAAUACAAAACUCUAAAGAUUAUUAUACCGUAAGAGACACAAGUUUUAGAUAUAUGGCAGAAGACUAUCACAGGAUGGACUCUUUAGGCAUUGUAAAAGGAUAUACCCCAUAUGGGGUAGCUGAGGCAGAAGGUAGACAGUUGAUCCUUCCCCAGGAAGACGGGCGAAAAUAUGUAGCUAACCUCCACUCUCUAACCCAUCUGGGAAGCAAGAAGUUGAAAGGAGUAAUAAAGUCAUCUGACUAUUAGGUCAUGAGCCUCACUGACUUGGCCCAGAAACUGGUGGAAAACUGUAAAGCCUGUGCACUGAAUAAUGCAGGGCAUCCCAUAACGAUACCAGGUAAAAGACUGAGAGGAGACCGACCCAGAGUCUACUGGGAAGUGGACUUCACUGAGGUCAAACCUGCAAAAUAUGGUAACAAAUAUUUGCUAGUUUUCAUAGACUCCUUUUCAGGAUGGGUAGAGGCUUUUCCCACCAGAAGUGAGACUGCAAACGUGGUGGCCAAGGAAAUCCUUGAAGAAAUCUUUCCAAGAUUUGGAAUUUCCAAGGUAAUCGGGUCUGACAACGGACCUGCCUUCGUUGCCCAGGUAAGUCAGGGACUGGACACUCAACUGGGGAUAAAUUGGAAAUUGCAUUGUGCUUAUAGACCCUAGAGCUCAGGACAGGUAGAGAGGGCAAAUAGAACCUUAAAAGAGACCUUGACUAAAUUGGCCUUAGAGACCGGCGGGAAAUACUGGACAGCCCUCCUUCCUUUUGCUCUGUUCUGUGUCUGGAACACUCUGGGGAGAUUUAAGCUUACCCUCUAUGAGAUCUGGUGUGUGGGGCUACCCCCAUUCACAGAAGCGGGUGGAGUACACGAUCCUGAUGCUGUUCUUUCUAAACCCCUGUUCGCCCACCUAAAAGCCCUUGAGCUGGUGAGACGCUGGGCUUGGGAACAGCUGAAGGAAGCCUACCGAACGGAGAGCCCAGCCAUACCACACCAAUUCCAGGUGGGCAAGGCAGUCCUGGUCCGAAGGCAUCGAAUGGGCACCCUCGAACCUCGCUGGAAAGGACCCUACCUAGUGCUCCUGAACCCCACCGCUAUCAAGGUCGAAGGCAUCGCAGCCUGGAUUCACACAACCCAUGUCAAGAGAGCAUCUAGAGGCCUCCAGGACACCCCUGACACCCAAGAUGGAUGGACCAUGGAAAAGACUGAUGAUCCUCUUAAGUUGUGUUAA